GGCGCCACUGUUAUUAGGUCAUAAGUAUAAUUUUCCUUUUGAGUUGCUUUUUGUAAUUUGACCUAUUGAUUUUGACAUUUUAUACAAUAGAAAAGAAAUUUUAUAGAGUUUGGUAAUUUUGUUACAACAUAGUCAACUAAGAGUUUGAAGAUUGCGCAUGACCGUUGCUAUUAGAGACCAAGGCACAAGGUUACGCACAAGAUUCCUUUAAAGUCUGUCAUUGUUGAGACAUUUGCACUGUUAUUGCUUGUUGAUUAUUACUGUCAACACCGCAGAUCUGUCAACUACCAUGGCCAACAGCUAUCACAUGGAAGCUCUCAGGAAACAACGGCUAUUAGACCGAAAGAAUGAAGCACUUACGCGAUUGGAAAGCCAGGGAUCUGAUUUGACAAGAGAAGCAGUGAUGGAUGGUUAUCUUUCAAAAAAGACACCAAAGGAAUCUGUGCUCAUCACCGAUGGAGGCCAGUUUGAUCAACAGAGGAAUCAAGGAGUGUUCAUUCAUGGAUUGGAAAGGAAUGGAAUAGACGUCAGUAUGAUCACAGUCGAGAGGGUCCUGUUCUCCCCUGUACUUGGACAAGUUUGAAAAAAGAACUUGAGUUUCGGGAGGUAACCACUUCAUUUUUUCGAGCUUCAGCUGCAAAGACUAAUUCAUCUUGAAAUUUCAUAUGAGUACUGCUGCAAUAUAGGUUUUGAGUACUAAUGAGUAUUUAUGGGACCUUUGUUUGUCACUUGUUAUUAUUGUGUACAGUGGAUUUCUGCGAAGAUGAACAAAAUAUUUGCCUGGAACUAUAUUCACUCAUCUAGUCAUUAUUUCAGCAGCCCAAAUAAGAUAAAAUAUAUAGACAAGUGAUACAUUAAUAUGCAAAGGUUAAAUUCAAUAUGAAUAUAAGGCCAGUACUAAAAAUCAAUAGACUCCAACCAGGCAAAAAGUUUGUUCUCCUGGAUAAUCUUACAAUAUUGACUAUGUUGCCCUUUAGAAUAUCUCUCAAAUUUUCAUGUUUGCCUCAAUCCUAAAUCCUUUUGUCAUAUCUUUGCAUGUUCUCAUUGGAAGCAAUAAUCAGUGUCAGAUGUUAAGAAAGUGUAUUUCCUGUGCUUACAUCUUGACUUGCACUUUCUUUUCAUUUUGUUGAUUGUUUUGGGGUUUUGGUUUGCAUAUUCACACUGGGAAAGUUGACAAUGGAACUUUGUCUAAAAAACUUCUUACAUAUUAUAUAAGUACAACCUUGAGUACAGGCUCAAAUUUGUCAAAGGGAAGACUGGACAUGAACACUCUCUUCAGUUGUAUCACAUAAACAAAUGAAGCAUCAAGUUUUAUGAAUUACAAUGUCAGGACAUUUUUUAAUGUAUAUUGUAAUAAAUUGUCCCAUUUUUCAUUGAAAUCUUCCCCUUUCCCCCUCUUUUUCACAUCACCUUUGUUGUAGUCAUUGGGUGUAUAUCUUUCCAAGCACAUUUAUCUUUCUCCAUUCUAAUAUGUUUGAAAUGGCUACUGAAAAUGAAUAUGUUUGAUUUGUUUCAUAUUUUGCAAGAAGGUGAAAGAUGCAAGACAUUUGAUUGUGCAAAAUUUUCAUACUUGGUUAUAAUUGAAUGAGUUCAUACAGGCCCUAAAUAUUCAAUAUUUUCUUUUUCUCAUAAGUAUAUCUUUUUGCACAGAUUUGCUGAAGUAAACCACCAGUUUGAUGGAAUUUUAUAUGAAGUGUGGUGUAUUGUAUAUGAACAUGCUCUAUCUUGUGUUUUGGUUUAGCUGUAUCAUUUCUAUUGAAUGCUGUGUAAUGUUACCACCAAUGUGUAAUGUACCAACUGUAAUAUAUUGUACAAUGAAGGCCGGUGGAUAUGUACUUAGUAGAAGUGAAAGAAAAUAUAUUAUCAUAUCUCAACCAUUUAGAACAUUGGAAACAUAGUAAACCAAGUGGUAGAUUCUCUUAACUUGGAUAGACUUCAUGUUUUAUUAUCCUACGGAUAAGUGAAACAAAUCCAUGCAUAUGGUUGAAUGUGUUUGACAGAUUGUCAGUCGAAACAUGUUUUAAGACCUGUGUGCAUUGAGCUUCCGCUGCUUACCAUAGACAAAAGUAUUGACCAGAAACUUUCACAUACCAUUGUUGGUAUGCUUUACCUUAUCAGUAUUACACUUGUUACAUUUGUUUAUACAACAUUUGCCUCUUUAUGUAUAUUUAAUAAAAUAUAUUACAUUGGAA